AUGGACAGGAAUCUCCGGAGUAUGUCUCCAUCGACCUACGAUGAGGUCCCUGCUCUCGCCGUGAACACUGACGUGUAUCAGGGAGACCUGGUUAUAAAGACUAACAAGAAUACGAUGGAUCCCGUAGACAUGGAUAUGUCAGUUAAUUUCGAAGGCGAUACACAAUCAACUGAUUCGAGUAGCAGCGUUGAUGUCUUUGGGACGAAUAUAUCAAGAGGCAUUUUCGGCAGCAACGGAACUUACAAUGUGACGACUGUCGGCGAGGACAAAUCUCUUCAAGUCAACUGUGUAGUCAGCCUGACGGUCGACGCCUCUGGUGUUUCCCCAGUCCAGCCAGGCGGCAGUGAAGCGUUGACUCGGCGUGGGGAAGGACCCCUUACAGUGUCUCAUGGGCACCAAGGUGCUCAGCCCCCACAACGUCAGCAGCAGCAAGCAGUCGAGCAACAAAGUCAUCAACACAUCGAGCAACAGAUUAAAGAACAAUCAGUCACACCUCGAAAUGUCCAGAACAUAAAGCCUGAAGGUCUGCAACAUAAUGAAAAAUCUCCUCAGCUGUCGAUAGAUACCCAGCUUAGCAUCUCUGCACGCAGCCUUGACAAACAUUUACUUGCUCAUAAGGCAUCGAUGCCCUCCAAUAAGAUUAUUCUCUCACAACAGCAAGAUUUGCCGAGCACCUCUGCUUCUGUUCAGCCAAGAACCUCGGCACAAUGGACUACAGCUUUGACAAGAAUCUCCGGAGUAUCUACAUCGACCUACGAUGAGGUCCCUGCUCUCGCCGCGAAGACUGACGUGUAUCAGGGAGACCUGGAUGAUUCAGACCACCUGAAUAUAACAAUAGAUUAUCUCCAGGAGAUUCACCAGAGUAUGCUUGCUCCCGUCCCCGCCCUCGCCGCAAAGACUGACGAGGACACAGUGGGUCACGGAGACCUGGAUAUAAAGACUAACAAGAAUACGAUGGAUCCCGUAGACAUGGAUAUGUCGGUUAAUUUCGAAGGCGAUACACAAUCAACUGAUUCGAGUAGCAGCGUUGAUGUCCUUGGGACGAAUAUAUCAAGAGGCAUUUUCGGCAGCAACGGAACUUACAAUGUGACGACUGUCGGCGAGGACAAAUCUCUUCAAGUCAACUGUGUAGUCAGCCUGACGGUCGACGCCUCUGGUGUUUCCCCAGUCCAGCCAGGCGGCAGUGAAGCGUUGACUCGGCGUGGGGAAGGACCCCUUACAGUGUCUCAUGGGCACCAAGGUGCUCAGCCCCCACAACGUCAGCAGCAGCAAGCAGUCGAGCAACAAAGUCAUCAACACAUCGAGCAACAGAUUAAAGAACAAUCAGUCACACCUCGAAAUGUCCAGAACAUAAAGCCUGAAGGUCUGCAAUGGACUACAGCUUUGACAAGAAUCUCCGGAGUAUCUACAUCGACCUACGAUGAGGUCCCUGCUCUCGCCGCGAAGACUGACGUGUAUCAGGGAGACCUGGAUGAUUCAGACCACCUGAAUAUAACAAUAGAUUAUCUCCAGGAGAUUCACCAGAGUAUGCUUGCUCCCGUCCCCGCCCUCGCCGCAAAGACUGACGAGGACACAGUGGGUCACGGAGACCUGGAUAUAAAGACUAACAAGAAUACGAUGGAUCCCGUAGACAUGGAUAUGUCGGUUAAUUUCGAAGGCGAUACACAAUCAACUGAUUCGAGUAGCAGCGUUGAUGUCCUUGGGACGAAUAUAUCAAGAGACAUUUUCAGCUGCUACGGAACUUACAGCACAAUGGAUAAGAGCUUCGACAGGAAUCUCCGGAGUAUGUCUACAUCAACCUACGAUGAGGUCCCUGCCCUCGCCGUGAAGACUGACGUGGAUCAGGGAGACCUGGAUGAUAUGGUGGAUCCCGACCACCUGAUUAUAACAUUAGAAUAUCUCCAGGCGAUUCACCAGAGACUGCUUGCUCUCGACGAUGAGGUCCCCGCCCUCGCCGCAAAGACUGACGAGGACACAGUGGAUCACGGAGACCUAGAUAUAAAGACUAACAAGAAUAUGAUGGAUCCCGUAGACAUGGAUAUGUCAGUUAAUUUCGAAGGCGAUACACAAUCAACUGGUUCGAGUAGCAGCGUUGAUGUCUUUGAGACGAAUAUAUCAAGAGACAUUUUCGGCAGCAAUGGAACUUGCAAUGUGACGACUGUCGGCGAGGACAAAUCUCCUCAAGUCAAGAGUGUAGUCAGCCUGACGGUCGACGCGUCUGGUGUUUCCCCAGUCGAGCUCCAAUAUAGCAAACAGAUUAAAGAACACUUUAACCCGUAUCUCAAGGUCACCUGUUCCUUGUGUGGUAUUUGUUUUUCACGCCAAGCAUUUCUUACGAGACAUAUGAAAGUCCAUGGUUUUAACCAAAGACACAAGUGUUUCUUGUGUGGUAUUUCUUUUUCACGCAAAACAUUACUUAUGAAACAUAUGAAAGCUGGUUGUAAGCAAAGGUGUUCCUUGUGUGGUAUUUCUUUUUCAAGCAAAGCAUUUCUUAAGAAUCAUAAGAAAGCCCAUGGUGCUAACCAAAGAUACAAGUGUUCCAUGUGUAAUUGUUCUUACACCCAGGCACGCAGCCUUGACAAACAUUUACUUGCUCAUAAGGCAUCGAUGCCCUCCAAUAAUAUUAUUCUCUCACAGCGGCAAGAUUUGCCAAGCAUCUCGGCUCCUGUUAAGCCAAGAACCUCGGUUCCUCUUCAGCCAAGAACCUCGGUAAAUACAAGUCAAUACAAGGCUUCAUUUGCUCCUCGGCUGUCGAAAGAUAUACGUCAAGGUCAUUUUAACACAUGUUUCCCCUGUUACUUGUGUGGUAUCAUAUAUUCAAAACUAGCAUUUCUUACGAACCACAUGAAAGCCCAUGGUGCUAACCGAAAAUACAAGUGUUCAAAGUGCGAUUGUUCAUACAGUCAGACACGCAAUCUUGACAAACAUUUACUUGGUCAUAAGGCAUCGAUGCAAGAGGACCUGCCAAGCUCGAUCGACAUCUCGGCCACAUAAUAUUUUGUUUGCUUCUCCACUCUCACGCUAAGGUUAAUUUUAACAAUCUAAACAAAUCAAAAAGUUUCGUUGACCCAUAGUUUUUAUUUCAUCUGUGUGGUAUUUCUUGUACAAAGGAAAUCUUAGAAACCACAUGAAGAACCACGGGACUAACAAGAUAUUAGUGUUCUAUAUGCAUUUAUGCUUUUAUUAAAAAAAAUCUGAUGGAUCUGAAUGAUUAUUUCUCAGACUGACAAUAUAAUUUACUUUACCGUCUUGCUUUAUGAGUGGAGUGAUAUUUGUAUUUUCACAAUAUUUUAGAAAAAGUUAAUUUUAAAAUGAUUAUAAACAAUUAAAAUAAUUUAUGAUUGUAAAUUUAAAAUAAUCGUUGUCAAAUGAUUAAAAAUAAUGUAAAAUUGAAUUGUUCGAAUUUUUUAUAAAUACACGCUAAAGGAACCACUGUUUUCUCAUAAACUCUUAUGACUUUACACCAUAUGAUGAUUGUGUACUAUGAAUAUUUUUUAAUGUUUAUACCGUGAAUUUUAUUUGUUACUUGUUGCACUAUGAGACUGUGAGUGUUUGUUACAGUGUGAUUGUUAGUGUGUGAUUAAUCAAGCUACAAAUAUCCGGGGGGUUCCAGAAAUUCGCGACCUUGAGUUUUGCCAAAAGGGUUAAUUUUCCAAGAUCUUGACUUAUUUUAAGAUGACGUAGUUCUUUUAGAUGUCUUUUGUUCCGCGUUUAAGGUGGCGUGGAAUAAAAUUUGCAUGUAGCACGGCCUACAGUGAGCCUGUAAUAGAUUUCGGUUCAAGAGGACGUAUAUCUGAUCCUAUGGCACAUAAAUAAUUCAAAUACCGUUUUAAAGCUAUUGUGUGGCUCUCUACAUUUUAUUUUGUUCAUUUUUUAAAUCAAAUAAAAUAAUAAAUAAAUGUUAAAAUAA